GCGACUCCAUGGCAACGAGACGCGUAAACAAUCCCCGGGCAGCGAACGCACCGAAACGGGAGUUCAAAUCUCUCCACUUCAUUUAAUAGUUUUUGUCUGGGGUUUUCUUACGAUACAUUAACAAUUAGUCGGUGGCGUCGCUCAGACGACAAGAGAUCAAGAUUGUACGAGACAUACCGUGGGCAGGCGUUUAAGCUGUCGCGUGAGAGAGGCGGACCAUGGCUGACGGGCAAGGGACGCGACUGGAGCUGGAGUCGGUGAUUGGUUUCAACGGGCAGGUGCCAUCCGGUCUGGUUUCCCAUCCCGAUUGUGAGCACUUGCUCUAUCCACUGGGCUGUACUGUGGUCAUCCGGAGCCUCAAGGGGGCCCGUCAGUCAUUUCUGCAUGGACAUACCAACAACGUGUCUUGUCUGGCUGUGUCUAACAGUGGUCGCUAUGUUGCAUCCGGUCAAGUUACCUACAUGGGCUUUAAGGCGGACGUGAUUUUGUGGAAUUUUGAGAAGCGUGAGCUACAUGCCCGGCUCACUUUGCACAAGGUGAAGGUGGAAGCAUUGGCCUUCUCACCGAAUGACCUCUACCUGGCGUCCUUGGGAGGCCAGGAUGAUGGCAGUGUGGUGAUCUGGAACGUGACUAAGAAGGAAGCUGUGUGUGGCAAUGCUGUUUCACUGCCAACGGCUGGCACCACACACACUGUCCGCUUCACCAACACCAGCGACCUCUCCUUCAUUACAGCUGGAAAUGACACCAUUCGGGUAUGGCAACUGGACGUCCCCAACCGUAAAAUUCGACCCACAGACUGCCAGACAGGUCAACUUAAGAGGAUAAUCAAGUGUGUGGCAGUGGCACCAGAUGACAGCUUCUUUUACUGUGGCACCACAAGUGGAGACAUCUUGAAGGUUAAUCUCAAAACGAAGCUGCUCAACAGCUAUGGUCCGGAGAAGAACAAGUUCACGCUGGGAGUAACAGCCUUGAGUCUCCUCAAGUCUGGAGAGCUUUUGGUUGGUACAGGAGAUGGUGUGGUUGCACUUUGCAAGGAAGCCAACUUCAAGACAAUGCAAAAGGUGGCACUGGAGGGUGCAGUGACAUCCAUUUCCCUGCGUGGUCAGGGUCACCAGUUCUUUGCUGGAACAGCAGUGGCUCAGAUCUAUCAGUUCAACCUGCCCGAGUUCACUCAUGAGAUGAUCGCCACGUGCCACAGCGAGCCCGUCAACGACGUUGCCUUUCCAUUUGGCACAUCGGAGCUGUUCGCCACCUGCUCAAGUCAGGACAUACGUGUGUGGCACACACAGUCGGGCAAAGAGCUGCUGCGGAUCACUGUGCCCAACAUGACCUGCCACUCCAUCCAGUUUGCGCGCAAUGGAAAGAGCAUCGUGAGCGGCUGGAACGAUGGUAAGAUCCGAGCGUUCACACCAGAAAGCGGGCGGUUGAUGUACAUCAUCGACAACGCGCACGGGAUGGGAGUGACCACAGUGUCCCUGACCGGUGACUGCAAACGGAUCAUCAGCGGUGGAGGAGAGGGCCAGGUUCGUGUUUGGGAGCUUGGGACCCAGAGUCAGCGGCUGGUGGAGGCGAUGAAGGAACACAAGUCGUCCAUCAGCUGCAUCCGCCUGAAGCACAAUGACAAGGAGUGUGUGAGUGCCAGUACUGAUGGCACUUGCAUCAUAUGGGAUCUCGAGCGAUUUGUAAGGAAGCAAAUUGUGAUGGCCAACACUUUGUUUAAGUGUGCAUGCUACCAUCCAGAGGAAUUCCAGAUCAUUACCAGCGGCACGGACCGAAAGAUCGGGUUCUGGGAGGUGUUUGAUGGAUCCCCCAUCCGCGAGCUGGAGGCCUCGCAGUCUGGAUCCAUCAACGGCAUGGAUGUGUCACCUGACGGGGAGUACUUUGUAACAGGUGGUGAUGACAAGCUCAUCAAAGUUUGGAGCUACAACGAUGGGGACGUGACGUUCGUUGGCAAGGGGCAUAGCGGCAACGUGACUCGUCUGUGCAUCUGCCCCAACCGCUGGCACAUCUUGAGUGUCAGUACCGAUGGCGCCAUCCUGCGCUGGCGCUACCCACACUCGUCCGCCUGAUGCGCUCCCGUCCUCCGCACAUGAACACACUGAGCAGCAAACUUCACACACUUACAAAUUAAGGCGAGUCAAGUACUCCGUUACGUAAAUUAAGUGCUGAUGAUUCUCUUGAGGUAUUUACUGUGUUAAUGAAGAAGCCAUACAACACACUUGGAAUGGCAGAAUGGAAGAGUUGUAACAAGAAAACAAAUAUUUGCCAUUCUAGCAUAACGUAUUCAUAUAAGAUGGCUUUGACUCAUAUCAUAGCAGUAUCCUUUUUUCCACGUGGGCAGGAGUUCAAGUUAUGGUUCACGUUAAUUUAGCUCAUCAUUCCAUUGUCAGUAGUAUAAGCAGCCCGUGUGGUGAUUCACACUUGGUAAGAAGUCUGCACUCUGCAGUGGCCACCAAAAAUUCAGAAAUUUAAACGUAAUUUCUGCCAGUAGAAAUGCACAUCAUUCAUUGAUUGAGAUAGUGUUGGAAAAUGUUUGGCAUUAAUCUAUAUAUAUCUCAGUAUACCAAGAACAUGUUUAGUCUCUCAUUUAGUUGCAGUGGACAAUGGAACAUAAGAUUUUUCCUGUUGAAUUAAGGGCUGUUGGGGACACUGUCCCUUGACCUGUUCAGAGAUGCUAACGAUGCAUGGCCAGUGUGGAAUGCCUCUCUAUUGACACCUGUAUACAUGUUGUCCACCUGUCCAGGAACAUUUGGGAGCAUUUGGCACUACAAAAAUAUAUGUAUCCCUGGGACUUCCAACAGAAACUCCCGGUUGAGAACCCCUGUGUUAGGGGCCACACGAAUGCUGAUCGCGUUCAUUUGGUCUGACCCAAGAGGUAUAGCCAUAGAUAGGCCACUCAAAUAAUGAGGAGGAAUUAUAGCAACUUUUUAUUUCAAAUCCUCUGCAUAUUUCCCACCAAUACAGAGCAGUUGCUCACAAAAUUUCAAUCACCUAUUGAAAAUAAAGUAAGAGGGUCAGAAAUCAGUGAGGCUCCUCUACAAAAGUUAACCCUGGAUAGUAAUUACUUAACUGAUAUAUUGAUUGCUCCAUAUGGCCUGAAACACUUUAUCCUCCCCGGUAACAGCUUAGUUAUAUUAAUAGAGUUAAUCGACUAACUUCUAGGAAGCCACCACUCUCCUCGCCCCUGUCCCUUUGAUACGUUUUUUUAAAGUGUCCCCAACCAUGUAUGAAGAGUCCUCUACAUUAGCUAUGGCAAGACCAUUGUAGGCAUAACAACGGGUUAUUGUGAGUGUAUAAUUUGAAGCAGGACAGUUUACAUGCUCAAAAAACGUACAAGAUCAUUUACACACAGUUUACAUUUGGGUUCGAUCAAAAUAGUGAUAUUCCUGGACGCGUUUUUCAUUAUAAUUCAUUUUGUUAAAUAUCAGCUGAAAAAAUAUAUUACGUAAGAUUGUGGGUGAAGCGGUGGUUCUUUGGUUUUUGCCCUGACCUAAUGUAUCCAGAGACUUGAGUUCAAUCCUCAGCCAUGACUAACAGCAUUUCACCAACCCACACUGAAGUGUAGUCAAAGAGCCCUUUAUUACUGGCCUGGCAUGUGGAGUCUUUCAUCCAGCACGCGAUUGACAAUUGGCUUUAACAUUUUGACUCCUACACAAGAUUCAUGAAAUUAUAUACUUGGCUAAUUGCAAAUAAUGGUGGUCAUGGGAAAAAGUGAAAUGACCCAUAUUUCCAGGUUUUAAUUAAAUUGUUUUCUUUUGCAGUUCUCUGUGUUGUACAUACAUAUGUUGUACAUACAUAUGUACAAAAUAAUCUUCCACUCAGCAUAAAAAAGUUGUAUGAAGUUAAGGUGGAAUAGUGGCCCAAAAUUCAGAGAAACGCCAUAUUUUCCAGCUGAUAAAGUCAGUGAAAUUCGAUAGUUUGAUAAUUUCUCCACAAAAAAUAAGCCAAUGCCUGCCCCGUGACUUUGAUCCCAUCCGUGAAGUACUCCUUAAGUUAUAAGAAACAUAUUUGUUAGAGUAUUGCUUCACACUAACACGAGGGUUGUCUUUAUAAUUGCAGUCUUUAUUUAAUAAAGCGCCUUUCAUAUCGGAAUAUCUCAAAGCAUUGUACGUAAAAAAAUACACUCACAAGCAGAUACAAUCCAAUGGAAAUAAUUUUUAAAAUAUUAUAAUAAUAAAGAUACGUUGAAGAAGAAACUGUGAUUAAGCCAAUAAUAAUUACACUCGUAGUCCAAGUGAAAAUCAAACUACAGGAAGAGCCUAUCAGUAAAAAAAAGGUUUUCGAGCUAUAUUUAAAAGUAAUAAUCUUCACAAUUUCUAGAUAUAGGUAGGGAUUGCGUUCCACAGUCUUAGUGCAUAGCAGCAGAAUGCACAUUCACUCAGAAUGCACGAUGUUUUGCAAGCCCCGCCGUAACACAGUUUAACCGUUCACAAGUUACUUGCCUUCGAGGUUCACUUUACCGUGACACCACUGUACCACACCUCCUGUUGGAUUUGUGAUGAUGCAAAGUACAACCUCAUUUCCACACUUGCUUGUAGUAAAAUACCAAUAGGAAUAAUAAAGAAUAACGCACAUAUUUAACUGUGGUAUAUACGUCCCUAACAGCUAACAAGUUUUCAAUUAUCUUUUAUUUGGUUCGCGCGUUGUGAUUUGCAUUCAGGAUGUAUUUGUUAUUCGAAUGUGCAAAAUAACAUCAAAAAGGGAAUUGCACACAUACAAGUGAAAUUUACAAACACUUUAAACAUUUAAGAAUUGCCUUUUUAAUCAAUGGCAUUUGGUUAAAAGUAUUGCAUAUUUAACCUUUAUGAUUCAAAAGGGAAGAUAUGUGAAUGUAUAAACAAUGAUAACCCAACACAUAGAAAUUUUAAGUUGACAUUUGAAAAUAUGCUUUUAAGCAAAUAAUCCGUGAAAAAGUGCAAAUUUUAAAGGCGCUAUACAGUACUUGUGGAGUGUGUAGUGCAGAGUAAAUUGUUAGAUUCAAUAAAGUAUUCUUGGAAAACCCACAGAAA